UGCAGAACCGUAACGUUCAGGAAGUUCUCUUGCUUUAUUUAGGGGCUGAACUUCUGGAGCUUCUAAUUCACUUGGGACAACUCAAGUCAAGUCUCGUAACUGCGCAGAGCUAAACGCUGCUGGUCUGCGUUGAAAUCGCUUUCUUUAGGUAAUCCAGUCGGAUCUGACAGGGCUGCUCGCAUUUGUCUUCUGGGAGACCAAUCACCAGCCCGGGAGAGCCUAUGGGAUCGUCGCCUCUUUUAGGCACCUGUCCGCAUAACACCUGAUAAGACGGAGCCGCUCGUUCCUGCGGACCCGCAGAACGGCAGAGUCGCAGGUUAGUUUGACCACCAUAGGAGAGGAGCAAAAAUGCCCAGGUCGUUCUUGGUGAAGAGUAAACGGGCUCACAGCUACCACCAGCCAAGGUCCUUGGAAGAUGAUUACAGCAGACUCGACACGAUUUUAGCUCACAUAUGUGCAGAAAACAAGAGUUCUGUGGAGUCGGGAUGCUGUUCCGACUCACUGGCUAUCGAUGCCCAGGGCAGAAUUUCCCCGCCAUCUCACUUGGUGGAGACCGCUGACCUUUCCUCCAAGUCACCGCUCAGCUGCGAGGGCAGCAUGUGCGGCCGGUCACCGGACUAUGAAGACUACUGGAGACCGCCGUCCCCAUCAGCGUCACCCGCUGAUUCAGAAAAGUCCUUCACAGUGGACGAACAUACUGUGGACGAGAACCACCCGUUUGCAAUCCCCUUCCGGCCUUGUGCUUGGAGCAAUUACUCCGGGUCUGAGCUCAGGCAUCUCGUCCAGCAAACAUACCCGCAUCACCCAGUACCCCGGGACCGCAGUGCAUCGCUGGGCCUCUACGAUGAGCGGAGUACUGAUACCUCUCUGUUCGCCGAGCGGGCUUCUGUUGCAGGACUGUACAAUGAUUACGGCUCUGCGACAAAUCUGUUUGAAAGGUCAAGCACGCCACGUCUGUAUUCAGAGCAUAACUUGCACAGUAAGGUACCUGAUAUCAAAGCCGAGUCUGACCUGCUCUGCAGCCGGCUUCUGCUGAACGGGGCGUACAAAUGCAUCAAGUGCAGUAAGGUUUUCUCCACGCCGCACGGUCUGGAGGUUCAUGUCCGAAGGUCUCACAGUGGGACCAGGCCUUUUGCCUGUGAGAUGUGCGGGAAGACCUUCGGACACGCGGUGAGCCUGGAGCAGCAUAAAGCGGUGCAUUCCCAGGAAAGAAGUUUCGACUGCAAAAUUUGUGGUAAAAGUUUCAAAAGGUCAUCCACUUUGUCCACGCAUCUGCUCAUCCACUCUGACACCCGGCCUUACCCAUGUCAGUAUUGCGGGAAAAGAUUCCACCAGAAGUCAGACAUGAAGAAACACACUUUCAUUCACACAGGCGAGAAGCCGCACAAGUGCCAGGUGUGUGGAAAAGCCUUCAGUCAGAGCUCCAACCUCAUUACCCACAGCCGCAAACACACCGGCUUCAAGCCUUUUGGAUGCGACCUUUGUGGUAAAGGCUUUCAGCGCAAGGUUGAUCUGAGAAGACACAAGGAGACCCAGCAUGGACUGAAAUGAAGGCGAACCUCACGUUUUAGUGAUAAGAGAGUUUAACUACACCGAACACUAGUGCGAGCAGAAAGAGGUCCAUAAGCAAGCGAGAGUAGGCUAAUUUCAAAGCAUCCAUAAUUCUGGCGUCCCUUGGAUAUAUAAGGGGGAAAUUAGUAUUUUUUAGAGCAUCAAUCGGCAUGGCAAUCAUUUUCAAACGGAAUGAUUCCGAGGUCAAAACAGAUUGCAGCUGGCUUUGUUCUUCGCGUAUGUGCCCGAACCCCUAAUGUUGUCAGAUAAAUAAUCGAGGGACGGUGUAUAUCAUAAAACAUUGAAUAUGCACACGGGUGAAAGAAAAAUCACCGCUUUCUAAGUGAUUGUCACUUUGUUUUCAAAUAAACGCCACGGGUGCUGGCAAAACAGGCACUACAAAAAUUAUGUUUAUGGAAAAAUAAUGUAAGACUACGAGCCGCGACAUGGCUGUAACUCUGUAACCCAACAGUCUCAUGAAUGUUACUGAUUUAUCUUAUCAGAUGGACGUUGGCAAAGAUGUGAUAAAAAAAAUUGUCGUAACAUUUAUCAUAAACGUCAUGCAUUUCAGACAAUUUGCACAUUCUUAAUCAUUUCUUUAAGCUUUCGUUAAUUAGAUAAAAUAAAGCUGAUUAAUUACUGCAGCUGAAUUUAAGAUAAUGCUAUGCUGAGUGAUGAGUGAUUAAUAAUUGAAAACGUUGCUGUAAAUAAAGAAUAACAUUAAUUGUUGUUAAAAUAUA